GGGAGCUGGUCCCAAUGGUGAAGAGGACACUCCACCAGUUGCUGCUAAGACUUAUAGUGAUGCUUUUGAUGAAGCGUAUGUAAGACCUAGUCUUGAUUUUGAUAAGUUCAUAUCAGAAGAAUCCAGCACUCUUACUGCUCGAAAGAUAAAGAUGGUUCACAAGAAACUGUAUGAAAUUACAAAGACCAUUUCGUACAAUUGUCUAGUGAUGAUUGUUGGAUUCCCUUUCAUUAUAGUGUGGGGUUUGUUGCUAGGGAUAACCUCCUUUGCAAUGAACUGGGUCUACAUUCCAUUGCUGAAGCUUGUGAGCUGGUUAUUCAAUGCUACCAUACCAGUCCUGAGCCCACUGAGGAACUGCUGCAAACCAGUCAUGGAGCUAGUUGCAAUCAUAUUCAAACGAUAAAGGACAUUGUAAACUUGAGCUUUUUAGUUUGUGCACACAUUUUUUAGCAAAGAAAUUGACAUUAAUUAAAGUGGGCGUGGUCAGUCUUGCAGCAAAGGGGAGUGGCUGGUUGCUGCAGUGCAGUGGUUGGCAAUAUGUCCGGUUUAACUGGUUCAUCCAUAAGUAGCUCCAUCCCCAGCGGGUCAUUAGUUAAUAGAGCGUCCAAACGGUAUUACUCUGUCUAUAUACUGAUGGUCCUAAUGCUGGUCUACCUCACCAGCCAAACUGAUCGUUUUGUGUUGGGACUAACCAGUUACCAUGUGUCACGUGAUCUCAGGAUAGGCCACUUGACUUGUUUCUAUAAUGAGUCUAAUGAGGGGACCCAGUGUGGUAAUAACAACUGCUCUGACUAUCAAACUAAUAGGGACAAGUGCCUACUGGAUGAAGACUGUAGCUGGGACUAUAGCGCUACUAGUGUCUAUUAUCAGAUAUUAGCUGGUCCUGCCUUCAUUGUAACAUUUGCUGUCUCCUCUUUAUUAACUGGACUCCUCCUCAGUGUUUAUACAUUAAAAAGAACACUACUGUUAUCAAUAUGUGCUUUAACCUGGAGCGUACUAACUGGUCUGUCCGGUUUCUGUAACCAGUAUUGGGAGCUCUUGCUGACUAGAAUAGGAUUAGGAAUAUUUCAGGCAGCCUGCACUCCUUUAGCUGGUAGCAUAAUGUCCGACAUAUUUGAAGAAAAGAACCGUGGUGUUGCGCUGGGUUUUUACAGUUGGGGUGUUUAUUUUGGUUAUGGUCUAGCAUUUGCUAGUGAUUUUAUUAUAAAGUCUUAUGGCUGGAGGUGGGGCUUCUGGUCAGCUAGUAUUCUAAGCACAAUAGUGUCCUUCUUGUCUCUAUUGACUGUACGAGAACCAAUUAGAAGGAAUGAUAAAAACAAUGGACGUUUAUUGAAAAAGAAACCUUAUUUUAAAAUAUUAAAGCAAGUCCUGAAGAGUUAUAUGCAGUUGCCACUGCUACUGUUGUGUAUUGGGGCAGGCCUUAGACAAGGAGGGGGACUGGUGUGGGCUUAUAAUGCUAAAGCUUAUUUCAGGAAGCUACAUUGCGACACAACUGGUGUAGGUACAUACCUAAGCUGGGUACCAGUGGUGGGCGGUACUGUUGGUGUGUUUGCAGGUGGAAUGAUAUCGGAUGGACUAGUGAGAAGACUAGGAACCAGAUCAAGACUAAUAGUACUAGUGACCUGCUGUUUUCUAGCUGCUCCUUUUCUUUUUGGUACACUUUAUUUAUCACCUCCCUGGGCCUUUCUCUCUCUUCUCUUCUCUUACAUUACUGGCGAGAUGUGGUUUGGGGUGGCCAUUGCUGUUGCCAUGGAGAUGGUUCCACAUGAAAUAGCAUCAUCAGGCCUAGCCCUGUAUCUGUUUGUUAUUAACAUUAUCGGAGGAAACAUUAAUCUGGUCCUCCCUUCUUUACAAAAACUAACAAGUCUGCAGACUGCAAUGGCUGUAUUGUUUCCAGGUUCUUAUUUAAUGGCUGGAUCAUUCUUCCUGCUAGCUGGCAUACUGUUGUCUUGUAGGUCAAAGCGUUCUUCUUCUAGUUAUGAAAUUAAUGAAAAAGCUGCUUUGAUAAUCCAAGAUGAUGAUGAUAAGACUAAUGUUGAUCUUUUCACUGAGAGUGAAGAGAUUAGUGCUCGUAGACGACCAGUCACUGAACGACCUCUAAUAGCAAUGUCAUUCACUGCCUCUAUGUAACCAAUCUCUAUUGUUCAAUGUUUCAUUAUUAUUAUUAUUAUUAUUAUUAUUAUUAUCAUAAUUAUUGUCAUCACAGUGUCUGUAGUAGUGAAAUUCAUUGUAUCUUAUGACCAUUGUA